AUGAGAUCUAUUCUUGCAAAAACACUUCUUGGUUUUACCAUUGCUGCUACUUGCACUCAAGCCUACAAUCCAUUCGUUGCCCUUAAGAACAAGUUCCUCAAGAGCCCAAGAGUCUAACCUAAAGGAGAUGACUGGCCUGAUGUACACUGGCCACUUGACUACCAAAUGCAUGGUGCUGUCUACACUUUCGAUGAAGCUGCAAAGGAGUUAAAGUCAUACCAAAACACCACACUUGACAUCUAUUUCGCUGGAACCUAAAACAGACAAAAGGUGAUCACUCACACAUAUGUGCAAGGCCUUAACUUCACUGAGAUCAUUUCAUUCAGUGACUUUGCUGUCCACAAAUAAUACACAAAGAUCCCCAAGAUUGAAAAAUGCGACACCACUGAUCUCCCAGCUGACUUCAACCUUACAGAUUUAACCUACAAAUUCAAGAAUCAAUCAUCAGGUCUUACUCAAUAUCUCGGAGAAAAGACACUUCCCUGGACUGGAGAUGACAAGUUCUAUGCUUUCCACUUGUCUGUUGUUAACGAGACCGUUUAUUUCUGUCAAAAGUGCAAAGAAUUGAAAUGGGUUACUUUCGAUUCAUCACUCAUUAUCAAUACACCUGAAGGUCAAACCGAUAGAGUAUUCACUGAUGCUGACUUCGACGGAGCUACCUGCUAGAACCACAAUAAAAAUCACUUCAAUCUCUUUAGCUACUUCAAUUUAAAGAUGUUCAUCUGA